CGUUUUAUACGCGUAUUGCAACCUGCCGGGCAACGACACGCGUGCCAAGCGAAUUAAUCGGGGUCGCCCUUAUUUGUUUAAUUAAAUCGUCUAAUUUGAAUUUUAAAAAACUAAAUUGUCAAAAUAUUGCACACCUCGAUCGCGAAGCGCAGAGGUAGCGCUCUAUUUUCGCCAAAUUUUAUUAUCAUUAAUGUGAUCAUAGAUUAAUUAUUUAAAAAAAAAAAUAUAUAUAUAUAUAUGUGUAUAUAAUAUUAAAAAUUAAAUAAAAGAGUUACAGUAAUUGUAAAUAUAAUGAGUGUUUUUUCUCAACGCAUUCACAGAUCACCUGACAAUUGUGAGUUGUGAGGAAUUUUGAAAAGUCAAUGGCCGUAUCGUGAAUCUUGAAGGCUUCCUCCCACUACUUAUAACUGAUGAUCACGUGGAAGGGCGUGUGGUUGAUGCAGGAGUAACACGCGAGAACAGAAGCAUAAGAUUUAAGAAAAAGAGAUAGACUAAGAUUAAAUUCAUAAGAGACAAAUAAUAUAACUAAAUAUAUAAACAUGUUAAUAUUUUAAAUAAAACAUUAUUUUGGUUUUUUAGUGGUGACAGUGAUCUACUAUUUAAAUUUGCCGGUAAAUUGAUAAAUUUUAUCAACUAGUGAAAACUUACGGGCUCAGCUAAAUAAACUAAUGACAAAAACAAUUCAAAGUGAAUUAAAUAAAGUUUUGUCUAGCGAUUCGAUAACUAAAUAAUUCAUUUUAAUGUUAAUUCAUUAAUACUUGAGUGUAAAUUAUCAAUGAAUAUUCAGACUGUGUAAUCAAAAAUUACAUAUAUAUAGAUAUUGUUUUUUUAUUGCUUAUUCUUUGAUUUGUUAAGUCACAUUCUCGUAUAAACUCUCAUGCUAACAUGAGCUUGACACAAAUUGUAUUCGUUACGUGGUGGUUGACACGCUCUUAUUGUAUAUGAGUAUUUUCGAAGAUACAAAUAUUUAAGAAGACUAUUAUCCUUUUAUUGGACUUAAAAGUGUGUUUAUACGUAUCCAUUUUGUCUCAAAGAUUUUUAUUUUAUUUAAAUAUCAAAAUGAUGGAUACUCAGAAUUAUUGGGAUGAAAGUUCUGCACAUUCUAUGCAGGUGAAAUAUGAAAGCUUGGACGGAAGAUCAUGCAAAGAUGAAAUAUAUAGAAUGGGAAUUGGUGCAGGAUAUUGUGAUGGAAAUCUCAAUUUUACAACAGCAUCCGAAGAUGAUGAAGUUUACACAAAAAAAAAAGUUUCUAGACAAGAUCCAAUGUCACAUAGAAUUAUCGAGAAACGAAGAAGAGAUCGUAUGAAUAAUUGCCUAGCUGAUCUUAGUCGACUUAUACCAACUGAGUACUUGAAAAAAGGCCGAGGAAGAGUUGAAAAAACUGAAAUUAUCGAAAUGGCUAUUCGGCAUAUGAAGUUUCUUCAAGGAGCUCAUCAAGACACAAAACAUCCUUCGGUAACGACUAUUCAUAAUCACCCAGAAGAUAGUGUUGAUAGUGUUUCACAUUCAGCAUCUGGAUCAAUAGCUGCUGAACAUUACAGAAUGGGCUUUCAAGAGUGUCUCAGUGAGACAGUACAUUUUCUUGUUGAGGGAGAAGGUUUUUUUGCACGAGACUCCCUCUGCGUACAAUUAAUUAAUCAUUUGCAACAGCACUGUGAAAAAAUCGUUGCUACAAGUGAUAGAUUAGGAUUUCCUCAUCCAGAAAUGCCAACGUUGAAUGAUACAAGUGUUCCGAAUUUCGUUCAUACAAGUAUUCCAACACUUAGUCCACCAAACAAUCAUUCAGAUCGUGGCUCAAGUUCGGGAGUUAGUUCAUUCAGCGAUUCAGAGCGUCCUCAAGCUAUUAUUCCACCUCCUACAAUGGUCAGUGAUGACAGUAAUCACAGUACACAUUCAAAUACCGCAUCUUCAUCAGUUCCCAGGCCGUCAAAUUAUAAAUUUAAGAGUUCGAUAAAACAACGAUUUUCAGCAGAACGAAUAAAAUCGAGCCCAUUACCCACUUCAGAAAAGUCACACGGCGUACCAAUAUUUGCUUUACAUGAAGCUGGAUCAUUUUAUAUUCCACUGACAGUUGAUUCUGGCUUCAUUAGACCACACAUGUCUUAUGUAGCAGAUACAGGACCUGAUGUUGUACUUCAUCCAGUGACGAUAUCCGUUAAUUUCAAUCAGACGACUACUCCAGCGUGGUCACCUCAAUAUAGUCCUAGACAUCAAGAUCACUUGUAAUAAUAAUAUGAAAUACUCUCAACUAACUUCAAACGUCACGUGAUAGCAUAUAUAUUUUUUAAAAUAAUUACGUAAUUUUACGGUAAUAAACCAACGAACGAAUAUAUACAUAUAUAGUAAUAAUAAAUACCAGGUGACUAUUAGCAUUUAUUUAUUUAAUAAUAAAUAACGUAUUGAUUAGACUCGAUUGAAUGUUAAUGCCGUAUUAUUUUUAAAUUAUCAAUGUUUGUCAACCCUUCGAGUAUUCGCCUUUUUAUUAGUCACAUAAUUUUUAAAACAAUGUCUUUAAUAUAUAUUAUAUAUUUUAUUCAGAUAAAAUAUUAAAUAUAUUUUUGUAUGCUCUUGAAUCAUAUUUUAUAAUUAAAUUGUUCAAUUUUUUAAAAGAUGAUUUAAUAAAAAAAUAUGCUCAAAGUUUAAAUGAUUAAAAUAAUGUCUUUCCUGUUGAAAAACAAAAUAAAUAAAGGACAGGGUAACUCGACCAAUAAAUGACUGAGCCCCAAUAAUCGGGGGUAAAAUAUUUUGAUAAAUUUAACUGAAGGUAUCUUUUGAAUUCUGAUACAAAGUACCGUAUUUUUGAAGCUGAUUUCAGAUUAAAAUAAAUUUUAUAAGAAUUUAUAAGAAUGUUAAAUCAGGGUGUCUACUGGUUAACUGUAAAAAAUUCAGUCCGCGGUGUGGUGUAAAUGAUUUGGUGUGCAAAUUUUCAACACUGCCGGUGUGAAAGUUACGCUGACACGGUGUUAAAUUUUUGGCUGUGUGAAUUAGAAUGAUCACAAUACCAACGGUGUAAAUGUUACUUUGAUAGAUACACAAUAAAAAUAAGUUCUUAUUUGGGUGAGAUAAUAGUAGAAAAUGCUUCUAUAGAAAUUUCUAUUCUAAGUUUUAAUUUUUAAUUAAUAUCAUAUCAAACAAAAAUACUAAUAUUAAUAGAAUCGUUAAUCUGCAGAUCUUUCCACCUUCGAACCAUAAUAGUAUCUAAUACAUCAUGUGGAAUCGGUAUUAGAUUUGAUUUCACUAGAUGUAAAGACGUCCCAGAAACUAAGUCGCCAUCGAGAAUUGACGUGAGUUUUCGGUUUGUAGUGUUAAUUAACAGUAGAUUAACAUUAACAUUAAUGUGUUUAACGGCGUGAGAUUAUACUUGUUUUUUAACAGUGGGGGUAAAAACCGACAGCGACUCAUUCUCUGGGAGGACUUCAUAAAAUAGUAUAUACAAUGAAGGCAUGAAGAAAAACGCCGUUAAAUGUCUAAGGCCAGUGUCAUGCAGUCAGAGUUAUGAUGAAAAUAAUUAACUUUAUUAUUAUUAAAAAAGAUUUAUACUUCAUGAAAUUCGGUACUUUGUUUAGUACUAUUCACUUACAAAAACUGAACUCUGUAAAAAAAGUCAUCUUUGGUGUCCUACCAAUUAAAAGACAUAUAAGGUUAUAACAUUCAGCUGACGUUGCAUUAAUCUACACAUGCGUGGGCUGAUUAAUUAAAUGUGCAUGUGCAGUCUAGGGAUUUUGGUCAUGUUAAUAAGGCAGAUAAAUUCAAAGUAACGUCAUAAGAGUGAAAGGUCAUAAUUAUUGGCUUAAAUUAUUGUGUAGGGAUAUAGUCCACCCAUUUUACUAAAAUUCAGUGUGUUAAUACAUGUUAAACCACUCGUUUAACCAAUCAGAAAGGAUUGUAUUUUAAUAUAAAAUUUUAUGGGGCUGGCUUUAACCAAUUAGCGGCGUAUUCUUCGGCAUGAGUUACAUAAAAUACCUUUAAAGGUCGUACAUAGAUCAAUGGUAAAUAUAUACAUAGAUAAAUAUAUUGUUAGUUUGUAAUUAAUUUACUUUUGAUCGAUGUCUACAAUGUUACUUGUGAUGAAUGAUUUUUAAAAUUUAAAAUACUAGACAUUAUAUUUUUUUAUUGGCUCAGUUAUUAAUUGUAUUUUUUUUUUAAUCAUUAAAAAAAGUUGGUUUAUAAUUUUUAAGUUUAAGUUAAAUGAAUUAAUUUUAUUUUAAAAACAAUAAUUGGAUCAUUUUUAACUACAGAUUAUAUGAUCGGAAAAUGUACUUCCAUUUACUGGGAAUAUUAUUAUUAUUCACUCUGUUAUUAUAAUUUUUUUCCAAGAUCCUAAUUAAUUUUUAAGUAAAUAAAUCCAUAUAUUGGUCGAUUUACUCUAGUCCUGUUUUCUUUAAUUAUAAUAAAUAAUUUGUGAAACAUAACUAACGAUAAUGUUAUAAUUAUGUACGGAAAAUGAUGUAAAUAGAAUGUUACAUAAGUUAUUAUUAUUACAUAUAAUUUAAUCUGUUUCACGUUUAAUUUAAGGAUAUAUUUUGUGAGCUGAAAUUAUCUUGAUAUAGAACUCAAAGUUCUAAAAAUAAAAGUAAUUUUCAAUAACGUUUAGGAUACUAAGUUAUGACAUUAUUCAUUAUUAUAUAAUAUUAUUUAAAUGGCUUUGUAAAUAUUCGAAGGGUUAAAUUUAAUUUCCUUUUUUAUUUCUUCUUGUAUUAUUAUUGGAAGAUUGAAUAUGUGGUUAAAUAAGUUGAUUGGUAAGUGAUAAUUAGCAAUUACCAAUCAGUAUUAAAUCUCUUUAUGUAUAUUAUUAUUAUUAUUAUUAUUAUUAUUAUUAUUAUUAUUAUUAUUAUUAUUAUUAUUAUUAUUAUUAUUAUUAUUAUUAUUAUUAUUAUUAUUAUUAUUAUUAUUAUUAUUAUUAUUAUUAUUAUUAUUAUUAUUAAUAAUAUUAUUAUUAUUAUUAUUGUUUACUGAUACUGCGGUGCUUUUAAAGAAAAAUUAAUAUGUAUUGAUUUGAUUAUUCUUUAAUUCCAUUAGUACUUUAAUGCCUGAGCAGCUGUAGCUCAAUUUAAUUUUGUUUACGAUAUUAAAAUAGAAAUUAAUUUUUUUUGUAAAUUUUCUGUUAUUGAAACGUUACAUAGUAAAAUAUAAACACACGAAAACGUUCGAUUACUAAUUAAUUAUAGAUUUAUUAAAGUUUAACUCAGAGGGAUCUAUGGAAGUUUCUUUAAUGAGUACUGAAACUUGGCAAACAAAUUUAAUAAAUCCGGAUCAAUAAGAAUUAAUUUUAAGUUGCUUAUUUGCCCAAUAUGUACAACCAUAUGCUAAACUACACUACCGCUUGAAAGUAUUUAGCCACCUGCAAUUUUUAUUAUAUUUCAAACAAUACAUUUAUUAAAACAAUUUUAUCAUAGGUUUCAUUGUUUGUAUCUCACCACAAAAUACGUAUUGUUAUUACGUCUGAUAAUUUACUAAUAAAUAAUUAAAAUUACUAUGAAGUCGUUUGAUUUAUUCAAACUGCUGUUACAAAAUACUUUUUUCUGAGAGGCCAAAUACUUUCGAGCGGUAGUGUAAGUAUAGGGCUUAGUUCUACUUUUUUGGUAGUAAUAAAAAAUUGUUACUACGUGGAAAGAAAAUUAUAGUAACUGCUCCUAGUACGUUUAUGAAAUAUCAGCUCAUAAUAUUAUAGUGAUAAUUAUUAGAAAUUAUAGGAUAUACGCCCAUAAUUUCUAGAAAAAGUCUCCAUAACUGUGGGAAUAAAUCCUGUAAUUAGGGUAAUAGCUUCUAUAUCGUAUGCACGGAGAAAAAUGGACUUAAGAAAUCUAUGAAUUUUUAUUAUGCUGUCGACGAAACUUGAAACAAGAAGUUGAGUUGCCAAAAAAUUAUUAUAUUAUACUACAAAAAAUAUUAUACACUUAAAAGUUAUUAAAAAUUGUGAUUAAUAUUAUUUGUCUAAGUUAGGAUUUAUAGUAGAAAAAAAAAUUGUAACGAGCUCAAAAUAAUUAUAGUGCAGCAUAAUAAUUUUUUGACGAUUUAUCUUCUUGUUUCGUCGACAGCAUAAUAAAAAUUCAUACAUUUUUUGUCUCCAUUUUUCUUCGUGUGAUGACUAAAUUAUGGUAACAGUUAACAUAAUACCAUGGUAAUAGUUACCAUAAUAUUUAGAAAUUAAUUAUAUUAUAGUAAUCAUUAUCAUAAUAGAUGGGAAUAAUUACUAUAAUUACAUAGGAGGUAUUACCAUAAUGGUAUAGAAAAUAUUCCCAUAUCGUAUAAGAAUGAAAACUCUGUAAAUAGGAAUGGUUACCAUAAUUUGUAUGGGAGCCGUUUCUAUAAUCGAUACUUCGAAAAAACCGGCUACUGUACGUUAUGGAAACCAUUCACAUAAUAUAUAGUAAUUGUUACAAUAACUUUUUCUUCGUGAAGAAACAGUAAAAAUUUGGUAUUCAAGAAUUAUGUUACAAAGUAUUCAAGUAUUCAAGAUUUUUCUUACAAAUUCAUUUUGAAAACCAUUUUUAAUCUUUUCGCAGCAAUCUGUAAAGUGCAUAUAUAAUAUUUACAUUUUCUUAUAGAUUACAAUAAGUUGUGUAAUAACUUUGAUAUAGAGUUUUUUUAGUAAUAUAGUCAAGAGGUGAGUAUCAUUCUGCGUGAGGAGCAUUUAUAUUUGCACCAUCGCAUGUAAAAAAGCAAUAUACUAUAAACAAUACAUUGAGGAUAUACGGAACAUUGUAUAAUAUGUAAUAUUAUAUUAGAAGAAAAUCAUCAACACCAAUAAUCAUCACGGUAUUUUUUAUUAGGAUCUACUCUAUGAUCAAUUACUUUAGUCACUCUUCUACAUCUUUUAACUUCCACAAUCUUCUAAGGUUUUUUCAGUGACGUUGAUGUCAGGAUUGGUAAUGCGCAUGGGUGCUUAUUCUUAAAAUCGCAAAAUCAAAUGGAUGGUCCUUUUUGUUAGGAGCUCUAACUUUUUUAAUGUCACUAUUUUCGAUUACUUAAUAAUUGUUGUGAUUAUUAUUCUUUUGGAAAGAGUAAACCUGUUAACUUUUCUUUUUCAAUAAUAACUUUUUGUAACUUUUUGUUGAUAGUUUUUCACUGUCAAGGAAAAUUGUUGUAUCUGUACACGAAAAAAAUUAUACUUAAAAUAUGAAUAUUUUUUAGUAUGCCUCAAACUUACAUUAGUUUGUGUACGUACUGAUUUUUAACUAGAGCCAUAAAUUAUCAAUAAAUAGUAAAUAUCAAAACUAAAACUUCUGAAAUUAGAAUUGGAAAUCUGGGGACGCAGGUUUUCAUCUCAUUAAGUAUCACUUAUUUGUUUUAUUUAUAUCAUAAAAUAAUUAGCUUUUACUGAUCAGUAUAAAAUUUUUUCUAAAAUAAUCGGUAGUAAUAAUAGUAAAUCUCAAGAAAUACUAAUUACAUAUCAAUGUCAAGCUCAACUUGUGGUUACUCUGUAUUGAUAUUCAGUAUUCAAUUUUUUUUUUUUUUCAUGUAUAACCAUAACGUUAAUAUUUAUAUAAAAGCGAGUUUUCAUUAUUGAAGUAAUGAAAUUAAAUAUAUUUAAUGCUGACAAUAAAUUAUUAAAAAUAUUGUUAAGCAAAAAACAGAGUAUUAAGGUAGUUGUUGUGCUAUAGGCUUCAUUGGUAGAAUUCAAUGAAAUUGAAUUAUGAUAUUUAGAUGGAUGUCCUGAAUGUAAUUUUAUAAAGUCGGAAUUUUCGAUCGAUUGUGAAGCAAGAUGUCGAUAAUCAAAGUGUACACUGUUAAAAUGUAGUAAGUUGGAUAAACUUAAAAAAAAAGUCAUAUUUUUCCGUAUGUUUCAUGUAGUUAUCGGUAGAAUCUUUCCAAAAAUGAAUAGAUUGUAAGAAAAAUAUUUAUAAAAUAAACAAAACAACAAAUAAUUUUGUUUCUGAUAACAAAGUUAUCAAUAUUCAACGAUAUCUGUCUCACAUUUUCGAAAUGAGCAAAGCAAGUAAGCGAUAUUGAGUGAAAGAGUAAGCAGUAGCAAAAGAGAGAGUGGGCAAUAGCACAUUCUAUAUAAAUAGCAAGACAAAUACCUUAAGCAAAUUUACUAUUAAUAAAUUUAAAUGACAAUGUAGUAAUGAGUGGCAGCAUUGGAAACAUAAGGGUAAAUAAGAGCUUAAGUAGUAAAAAUUUAUGACAAUACGUCUGUAUCAAUAUUUACUUACUAUUGAGUAAAAUUAUUUGAUUAUUCAAAGAAGACAUUAACGUGUAAAAACAUGAUACUGAAGUUAGCCGACGUCUAAUAAUUUUUGGAUCUUUUUCAAAAUAAUAAAUUAUAAAAAAAAAAUAAUUUAAAAAAUUACACUAAUAAUUUUUUAAAUUUUCUAUUCGUGCAUAUUUUUAGUAUUUUAGUAAUUGAUUCGUUGAAAAAAAAAAAAACCGAAAAUUUUUAAUUGCCUACUAACUUCAGGAUCAUGUCAAAAUACAUCAUUUAUGAAUCAAUUCAUCACCUUUGUUUCCUAACUUCUUUGUUGUGCUUUGUUGAUAUAUCUUGGAAAUCAAUAAUCAAAUCAAGUUUUAAUAUUUGAUUGGUCAGUUCAUUAGAUAGCAGGUCAACUCUGGUGAAAAAUCUAUUCUAUCGCCACCUAUGUUCAUAAUCAAGUCAAAAGAAUGAUACCGGAUAUAUAUAGAAGGAAAUAUUCACCGUACAGUUAUUAUCAUUCGACCACCGCAAUCAUUGCUGUAUUAUUUUGUACGUCUUAAAAGUAUUUUUUAACGGUUAUUAAUUAAUAAAACUUCACAGUAAUUACUCAAGUGAAUUCAAUACAAACUGAGGAAGAUUUUACAAUAAUGGCAGAAAUAAAUAAAGAUGUAUUCAAAACUAUGGAAAUUUUUGAUAACAUGAAAUAUGGUGAUGUGCGUCGUAAAAUAAUGAAUGGAAAAUUGUCAGUUGAUACCAAAGUCAAAAUAAGCAGUAAAUAUCAUAACUUACUUCACGAAAUUAGUAA